UGAUAAUGUGAAAGGCGCGUUAAGGGCAAGUGCUUGUCUCUUUCCUUCUCAUCUCAUCGCAUCACAAGAUUUCAAAUAUAAGAUUCAGCACACAAUAUUUAUUUAUAUAAUAUAUUACAGCAACAUAUGAGUUAGGAUUUACCUGUUUCUCUUCUCCACCCCUUACGCCUUCCCCCUCACACUAUAUAUAUCUCUACUCUGCUCAUGAUACCCAUCACCCCCAGAGAGAAACUAAUUACAUAGAAGAUGACAGGUGGUGCUAUGCUGUUGAUUAUAUCUCUCCUCCUGGUUGCCUCCUCUGCAAUCGCGUGCGAUCGCUGCGUCCACCAAUCAAAAGUUGCUUUCUUUUCCAAAGCUGAAGCCCUUGUGUCGGGAGCUUGUGGGUAUGGUUCUCUGGCAAUAGGAUUCAACGGGGGUCGCAUUGCAGCCGCCGCACCCUCCAUUUACAAAGAAGGAGCUGGUUGCGGCGCAUGUUUUCAGAUGAGAUGCAAGAAUGAAGAUAUUUGCAGUAAAGAAGGGACUAGGAUAAUAGUGAGUGAUCGGAAUGAAGAUAACGGGACUGACUUUGUAUUGAGCAGCAGAGGUUUCAUGGGGAUGGCGAAGAAGGGAAUGGGUCAGGACAUAUUGAAACUUGGGGUGGUUGAUGUUGAAUACAAGAGGAUACCAUGUGAUUACAAGGACAAGAAUCUGGCACUUGGUGUGGAAGAAUCAAGCCACAACCCUAAUUAUUUAGCCGUUAAGUUCUUAUAUCAAGGUGGUCAAACAGAAAUUGUCGCAGUCGACGUGGCUCAGGUUGGAUCAUCAAAUUGGAAGAUGAUGAGUAGAAAGUACGGUGCUGUAUGGGACACAAGUAGGGUGCCGAGUGGGGGUUUGCAGUUCCGUUUUGUAGUGACUUCAGGGUUCGAUGGGAAAUGGUAUUGGGCCAAAAACGUGCUGCCUGCGGAUUGGAAAAACGGUGUGAUUUAUGAUUCGGGCCUCCAAAUCACUGAUAUUGCUCAAGAAGGCUGCUCUCCUUGUGACCUGCAACAACCCACUUACAAACAUCAUUAAUUAUACUACUACUACUUGUACUUCACUACACAACAUCAUCAUCAUCAUCCUUAAUAAUCCCAUUUGUUGGUGGUUGUAAAUAAAAUAGCAGUUUUACUACUAGUGUUAUAUAUUUCUACAAAUAGAGUAGAUUAGAA